AUGGAGCCAAAUACACCCCAAGAUCCGUAUGCCUAUGAAAAUAUGGCCUCUCCGUCUCCAGGACCACAUAAGGCAAAGAAGAAGCGAGUUCGGAAAUGGACUGCUGAGGAUCGCGCUGUGCAUCGCGAAUUCGAGAAGUCGAGGCGAGAGGCAUUCAGUGAACGUCUAAUGGAGCUGACCGACUUAUUACCAAUGCUGAAAGCUGAGCAACGUCCUUCAAAGCACGUCAUUGUAGAUGCGAGUAUCUCUUACCACAAAGCGCAAGAAGCCAGAUAUCACCAGGCGGCCUGUGCCAUUCAAGAUCUCCUAUCCGAGCGUGAUGACCUUAUCCGGGAGGUUAAUAGUCUCCGGCCCUUGUGUCAAGCGAGUGGAUGGGUUCCGCGCCAACCCCGAGUCGACCCCGCUGUGGUUGCGAUGCUGUCCGACAAGGGGCCGGCUGUAUCCACCAGUGAGCAAACAGAAACUGCGCCUAACGAUUCGGUGCUGCAGAUCAAUCCUUCCAUUGCUGCUUCCGGUGUUGCCCCUCUGUCGGGUCUCCCGCAUCUUCCUCAGCCGACAUACAAUGCAGACGACUGGUCGUGGUCUAGCGCGCCCAACUCGGCAUCUUUCUCUCCAGAUGCUAUAGUCGAUCACCCGGUUAUUUGGAAUACACCACCUGGUAUGGUUACAGCCACACCACCAAAGGAUGGAGAGUUGGGGUAUGACCCCAGCAUAUCAUAUCUGAUCAGCGAUUCCGCCCUCUUCUGGACACAACACCCUAGCUUAAACACCACAACGCCACCAGGAGACGGUGAUUUGCAAUACGGCACAAACGCCACAGCAGUGCUCGAGGAAGUGCCAUCAAUUUGGCCCCAAAGAAUGGCUAUGCCAGGAACUACCCUGUCGGGCAGUGAGGAAGCGAGAUCCAACAAUCAAAAUUUCCAAUCGAUAAAUUCAUUCUCGAAUCCGGCUAGUCUAUCUAUAUAA